UGCGCUCAUAUUUCAGCUUUGCUUGGUUUUGAUGAUAUCGGUUCAACUCUGAUUAUCAAGAUGAGAGUGUUGCUGCUCGUGGUUCUGUGUGCAGUGCUACAGCGGGGAAGCCAGCAAAAUGUUGAGAACAUCAUGAAUAAUGUUCUGGCCUUGAGGGUGCCCCAUGGUUCACAUCCCGGUUAUAACGUUCCUCUUACCUGUGGCGAGACCUAUGAAAGCCAACCAGUGUUUUGGAAGAAAAAUGGUAAACAGCUCAGCUCAGCUUCGCGGGGCAAUCAGAUUAGUGUAUAUGUGGAGGAGAUGGACGGAGGAAACUACACCUGUCAUCUCGGCCGGGACGGACCAUACCUCAACCACACCCUGGUACUGGUCCAGGUGGACCCAGACAACAAGUCUGUCAUACUGGAGAGAAUACAUCACAGGAACCAUGGAGGAGGGUAUGUCUACUGUUCAGCGCACAACUACAACGGCUCCUUCCAGUGCACUUGGAAGAGGACGCCAUACCGCUCCGAGGCCACUGUGCUGUCAGUGACAGCAAAACGGGAUUCUUCGGAGAUUUCCUGUGAGGUGGAUGCUGGUGGCUCGGGUAUGCAUUGUCAGGACCCCGGCUGUCCAUUUAAAGAGGAGCAACGUCCCAUCUUCCUCACUAUCUACAUAUACAAUGUGGCACGAUUAGAGGCUUACAACACCAACUUCUACCUCAGAGACAUAGUGAGGCCAGAACAGGUCUCUAACCUGCAGCACAAGGAGGGCGGCGUGUUCAGCUGGGACUACCCCGAAUCGUGGCAGAAGCCCUGCACCUACUUCUGCCUGCAGUUCCAGGUCAAGGUGGUCCGUCGUGGAGAAACAUGCGACUCCAAUGAUCUAAUCGAACAGCUCGACAAUACCGACAAGAUGAACUAUAAAGUCAGAAGCAAAGCCAAGAGGUUUGUCUUCUGUGUGCGGGCACAGGACAAGUUCACCGACGGGCCAUGGAGCGAAUGGAGAUACCAUGUGGUGAAGAAAGCCACAGGGUGAAGAGUCACUCGUCUGGAGAAAGGCAGGAUGGCGAGCAGGAAGAAGAGAUAACACGAGGGGACAAGAAUUAUCAUGACCUGUUAGUUCUCUCAAUUAUUAUUAUUGUUUAAAAACAAUCAGCUUCAGCUGUUUGCUUGUACAGUAUUUAUUCAUUAUUGAGUGGUCUCUAAAGGAACAUGGUCUCAAAGAUGUGUAACGUACUUACG